ACUAAGCAGUAAAGUUUCUGCAACGUGUCCAUUGGCUCAACUCAGUCCUCCUUCGGACUCCAACAACAGCCAAGUCCCAAGUGAGUCCACCACAGUCUUCUCUGUCUUCCACCACCCUUUCUCCGAUCCAAAAUCAAAAUCAUCGACUAAUCAUCCUCAGAUUACCCCUCAACAAUCAUGUUAUUCUCCGAUUCAUCACCUACAACUCUAAUCCUCCUCUUAAUCACUUCAAUUUCCCUACUCCUAAUCUUCUCCCCAUCUUUACCCAACACCACCAAUCCUAAUCACUCCCUCUACCUCACUUUCACAGACAAUUCAUCCAUUUCAAACAACCUUCAAAUCCUCACCACUAGACCUCACAUAGCCGGUUCAUUACCCAACGCCGACGCCGCUUCUUUCGUCCUCUCCACUUUCAAAUCCUACUUCCCUCCCCAAAUCAAUUCCCACAUCGCAUCUUACCACGUAUCCUUAACGUACCCAUCAUCACGUACCCUCACUUUGAUACGUCCUCAUCCGUACCCGCUCACACAUUUUGACCUCACCCAGGAGAAUUACUCCAAAAAUCCCUAUGCUCACGAGGUGGGCGAAACGUUUCACGCGUUCGCGAAGUCGGGUACGGCCGUCGGACCGGUCGUGUAUGCGAAUUACGGGAGCGUCGAGGAUUUCGAAAAGCUGAGACAGAUGGGUGUAAACGUGUCCGGAACGGUUGUGUUGGCGAGGUACGGGAAGAUAUACCGUGGGGAUAUCGUCAGCAAUGCCUAUGAUGCAGGCGCAUUGGGUGUUUUGGUGUAUACAGAUAGGAAAGAUUAUGGUGGUCCGGAGGGCUUUCCUGAUAACAAAUGGAUGCCACCAACUGGGGUCCAGGUCGGCACGGUUUAUAAUGGUGCCGGUGAUCCGUCAACUCCUGGAUGGGCUAGUACUAGUUCUUGUGAAAGAUUAUCAACGGAUGAAAUUGAACAAGGUGGUGAAGUUCCUCUGAUUCCAUCUUUACCUAUAUCAGCUGAUGAUGGUGAGUUAAUCCUAAGGUCAUUAGAUGGACAAGUGGCGAAGGAUGAUUGGCAAGGUGAUUCUAAUGCUCCUGUUUAUAGAGUUGGUCCUGGUCCUGGAAUUUUGAACCUCACCUAUAAUGGAAAAUUUGUUAUAAGCAAAAUAGAGAAUGUAAUUGCUGUUAUUCAGGGAGUUGAAGAGCCUGAUAGAUUUGUGAUAUUGGGUAAUCAUCGAGAUGCAUGGACAUUUGGUGCCGUUGAUCCUAACAGCGGAACUGCAGCAUUACUAGAUGUUGCAAGAAGACUUGGUAAAAUGCAAAAGAGUGGAUGGAGACCAAGACGAACGAUUAUCUUGUGCAAUUGGGAUGCUGAGGAGUAUGGUCUGAUAGGUUCAACAGAAUGGGUUGAAGAGAAUAGAGAAAUGCUGGCAUCAAGAGCUGUUGCGUAUUUGAACAUGGAUUGUGCUGUCUCAGGACCAGGAUUUCAAGCUUCUGCAACUCCUCAGCUUGAGGAACUACUCAAAGAAGUUGCUCAACAGGUUCCAGACCCGGAUAAUUCCUCGCAAACGAUGUAUGAUUCUUGGACUGGUUCUAAAGGUUCUCCUACAUUUGGGAGAUUAGGAGGUGGAGGGUCUGAUUAUGCACCGUUUGUUCAACAUGUUGGAGUGUCUGCCAUUGAUAUGCUCUUUGGGGGAGGGUACCCUGUCUACCACUCAAUGUAUGAUGACUUCACGUGGAUGAGAAAAUUCGGCGAUCCUAUGUUCCAAAGACAUGUUGCAGCUGCAAGCAUUUGGGGACUAGUUGCUCUUCGUCUUGCGGAUGAUGAGUUCUUACCUUUUAACUAUCUCUCUUAUGCAAACGAACUUCAGACAAGCACAAAGGAACUAGAAGACCAAAUCUUGGGCAAGAGUGUGAGCCUCCUACCGUUGUACAGAUCAAUCCAAGAGCUUAAGAAAGCUGCAGUUAAAAUCGAUAAACAGAAAAAGGUGUUGGAAGACAGGAAAGGUUGGGCAUCGCUGUGGAGAAGAUAUCCCUUCAAAGCAAGAGAGUUGAACGAUCGGUUAAUGAUGGCGGAACGAGCAUUCACUGACAGAGGCGGUCUCCCUGGGAGGCCAUGGUACAAGCAUUUGAUUUAUGGACCAUCAAAAUACAAUGAUUACGGGUCCAAAUCAUUUCCUGGGAUAGAUGAUGCCAUUGAAAAGGCAACGACCAUGAACACUGUGGAAUCAUGGCGCCCGGUGCAACAUGAAAUCUGGAGAGCCUCUAGAGCCAUAACACAGGCAUCGUUAGUCCUCAAUGGCAAACUGACAUGAUCCAUAUAUGUCAGCAUUGUUCCACAUUGACAUUAUAGCCAAUUUGCUUCGACAUAAUGAGUUAAUCAGGUACUUAGUUUUUUUUACCGGUACAUAAACUUUCUUUAGCAAUAUUGCAAUAUGCAUUCUUUCAACAUCGAAAUAUGCCUAAAACCCUUUCUAAUACGGCAAAUAGAUUCAUUGAUGGUGAUGCUUAUCACAAUCUUCUGUUAAGGACAAAAAAUCUCAGCAUUUUCUUUCGAAGGUUUUAGUCUAAAGUAGUACGUAAUUGACUAAACUUCCCAAGAGGUCCCCGGAUUCAAAAGUAGUGGGAAAGCGGAAACUUGUUUCCAUGCACUUCACUAAAAUCAAUAUUGAUGGCUCCUUUUGUCACACCACUCACCACAAAAGACUGGGGAAUUGGACAAACCAUGAGAAAUUAUUGUGCACCAUAAUCCAAUUUGCUGCAAUAUAUAUUGCUCAUGCAAUGCCCACCGACGUGCAAUAUUUUUUUCCCGACAAGAUCCACCAGUGUGGCUUGUGCAUUCAGAUAUUAGAAAUCAAGGCAAUUAUAUGGUACGAAGAGAUCCAAUCUGAAGUAGUGGGUAGCUAGCUGGCCUUGGAAUCUGGUCAUGUGAAGCUUCGUGACUAUGCUAAUGUUUGUUUAACAGUGGGUGGCAAUUUCUAACUUCAUAGGAAGAGAAUUGCAAAAGUACAAAACCAUGCGACUAGUUUUCAUCAUCGUUCAUUUCUAGAAGUUUAUCUCUAGAAGUUUGUUUACAUGAUUGAUCAAGACAUUAAUAGUAGUGCACAAAGACCCGUCACCACCAAUGCACUAACUAUGGAGUAUUCAAAAAACUAUUACCUUCGUUCAAACAUGGAGAAACUUCUUGCAGUUUGCCUUGAAAAAAUUUAUACCACUAAAAUGGUGCCAAUCUUGUCAAAAAGUUACAUGGUGUACAAAAAUCCUAUAUGUUUCUCAUUGGUGGGCGUGCCCGAAAAACAGAAAUGUCUCUCUACAGGAAAAACGUUAUCAAUAAAAUACAUGGUCUACAAAAAAA